AUGAGGACUGUAAUUUGGAACUGGCAUUUUUGGUGGACAGUUCAGAAAGUGCCAAAGACAAUCAUGCCCAAGAGAAGCGUUUUGUUACUGAUCUCGUUGACCGGAUCCAGAACAUCCGACUCCAAACCGGACAGGGCUUGAACUUUAGAACUGCUCUCCUUCAGUACAGCAGUCAUGUGAUCACUGAACAGUCCUUCAAAGAUUGGAGGGGCGUCCCCACCUUCCAGGACCGCAUCGCCCCCAUGCCAUACAUAGGGCACGGUACCUACACCACCUACGCCAUCACCAACCUUACACGCAUCUAUCUGGAGGAGUCUGGCCCUGGCACCGUGAAGAUGGCCAUUCUGCUGUACGACGGCGAGUCGCAUCCCAAGAAUCCAGAUAUCUUCUCUGCUUUAGCUGAUGCCAAGAACCAAGGGAUUAAAUUCUUCACAGUAGGUUUCACAUCCGCUGCCAAUGUAGAACAGCUGCGGAUCCUGGCCAGUCCUCCGGCUGCCCGCUACGUACACAACCUACAGGACAAGGGCGUAGUGGACAAGAUUGUCAAAGAGAUUGGCGAGAGAGGCUUUCCCGGACCACCAGGAAUACAGGGCGAGACUGGCUUUGGGCUUCCUGGACCAAAGGGUGAUGUGGGGUUCCAAGGCAGAAUGGGUCCUCCCGGGCCUCCUGGGCUCGGCGAGCCGGGCCAACCGGGCCCACAGGGGCCGCAGGGUUUGCCAGGAGAGAAGGGCCCAACAGGAGAGGGUUUACCCGGACCAAAGGGAGAGAGGGGUCUGGAGGGGCUGAAAGGACCCAGAGGACCAGUAGGUCUUGGCAUUAAAGGAGACAAGGGUGAUAUUGGUCCUCCUGGUCUUCAAGGACCAGUGGGGUUUCCUGGAGCAGGGAUCCAAGGAGAGAAGGGUAUUGAAGGACCGCGUGGACCCCCAGGAAGCAGAGGCCCACUGGGUGAGGGCUACCCUGGACCAAAGGGUGAUCAAGGUUUACCAGGUGAGAUCGGAGCACCAGGAGAGAGAGGAGCUGGAGAACCUGGAGCUAAAGGGCGCCCGGGAUUACCUGGACUACCGGGACGUACCAUAACAGGACCAAAAGGUGAUUUCGGCCCGCCAGGUCCAUCUGGUCCAGUAGGAGAGACGGGAUAUGGACUUCCUGGGCCAAAGGGUGAUCGUGGUGACCCAGGUCCUCCUGGUCUAAGUGGACCAAAAGGGGACGGCUAUACUGGUCCCUCAGGGCCUCCUGGUCUUCCAGGUCUUCCAGGAGAACCUGGUCCAGAGGGCAUAGGAAUAUCUGGACCAAAGGGUGAUAUUGGCUUCAGAGGUUUACCGGGCCCACCUGGACCUCCAGGCGAAGGACUACAAGGACUCCCUGGUAACAUGGGAAGACCAGGACCUCCUGGACCUACUGGGCCACCUGGACAAGGCCUACAGGGUCCAAAGGGUGAUCAGGGGUCACAGGGUGUGAGCGGGCCAAGAGGACCUCCUGGAGAAGGAAUGCCCGGGUCAAAGGGGGAUCGUGGAGGUCAGGGCGAGAGAGGGAUGAAGGGGGUUAAAGGUGAUAUUGGAGAUUCUGGCGUUCCUGGACAAACAGGUAGACCAGGAAUCAAAGGAGAAUCUGGACUAACGAGGGACGACAUAAUCAGAAUGAUCAGGGAGAUUUGUGGUUGUGGAGUCAAGUGUAAAGAGCGUCCCAUGGAGCUGGUAUUUGUGAUUGACAGCUCUGAAAGCGUCGGGCCUGAAAACUUUGAGAUCAUCAAGGACUUUGUGGCCACUCUGGUCGACAGACUCACCGUGGGGCGUAAUGCCACCCGAGUCGGUCUCGUUUUGUACAGCUUAGAGGUCCAGCUUGAGUUCAACCUCGCUCGCUACAUGACCAAACAAGAUGUCAAACAAGCGAUACGCAGGGUUCACUACAUGGGCGAGGGAACAUACACCGGCUCUGCCAUCCGCAAAGCAACUCAGGAAGCAUUUUACAGUGCAAGGACGGGGGUCAGGAAGGUUACCAUUGUCAUCACAGACGGACAAACGGAUAAACGGGAGCCUGUGAAGCUGGAAAUCGCUGUCAGGGAGGCGCAUGCAGCUAACAUUGAGAUGUACGCUCUGGGGAUUGUUAACAUUAGUGAUCCGACACAGGAAGAGUUUCUCCAGGAGCUCAAUCUCAUUGCGUCGGACCCUGACAGUGAGCACAUGUUCUACAUAGACCACUUCAACACCUUGCCAGCUCUGGAGUCCAAACUGGUCAAUCAGCUCUGUGAGGAUGAAAACGGAGCACUUAUCUUCAGUCGCAUUAAUGGUUUUGAAAACGGAUAUGGUAUUAAUGGCAACCGCAUCAAUGGUAAUGGCAGGUACAAUUAUGGCACAAACAUAAAUGAAGGCCACAGAGAGAACACGAGAACACACUCUGGGAUGAACACUGUCACUCACGAGAGCGGGAGAGGAGACACGUUUGCUCCAACAGCUGGUCCAGACAUUACUGAGGAGGAUGAGCGGGUACCUGAGACACCAGACACAAACACUUCAGAGCAGAGCAGCGGUAGAGGAGAUACUCCAACAGACACUGGGGCAUCCACACACAGCAGGCCUUCAUCAGGGACAACAUCAUCAUCAUCAACAUCAACUGUGAACACCUCAACCUCAGUGCGGUAUAUACCAGCACCACGACCACCAUUGCCUAAAGAGGUUGUAUCUCUGGACCCCCGUUGUGAGCUGCUCCUGGAUCAGGGCCCUUGUCGGGACUAUAACAUCCGCUGGUAUUACGACCGGCAGGCCAACGCCUGCGCGCAGUUCUGGUACGGAGGCUGUGACGGGAACCGUAACCGCUUUGACACAGAAGAAGAUUGCAAAAAGACAUGUGUUGUCCUGAGAGCAGGAGGCUGAUAUCCAUUAUGGAUACAUUUCCCUUUGUCUGUAAUUCCUCACACUCCAAUACAACGGACCUGCACUGAAAUACACAAAGUAUAUGAAAAAUUGGUAGGACAGGGCAUUUUAUUGAGAGUAGCUAAUUGAUAAAGCACAGUACUUUCAUAUCACAACCUUCAGAACUGUGAAUAAGCAAUACUGUAAUAUUGUACACUGUCAUAGUUACACAACAUUCAUUGAACUGACAUUAAUGUAAUAAAUGAAACGUAGUCUUGAUUUUGAAAACUAAUGUUGU